ACGUGGAGAAGAGACACAGAGAGCUGUUUAACUAAAGCAGGGUGGGAGAGAUUAAACAGGGCUUUUCAGCGAGUGAGUGAUCAUAGUGCAUGGGUGAGCUCUGCCAGAGAAAGACAUUUCAAACUUCACCUGCAGCAGCCAUUGGACUUGAAGUAAUUUAAAAAAGAGUAAAGUGGUACAAGAAAGUCACUAUAAUGUUGAAGACCCUGGCCUUGAUAUUGCCUAGGUGCUGCCUCUUUUUGAUGGUGGUCAACAUAGUGAUGGGUUCUCAACACAAGGGAGUGGACAUCCCCGAGAAGCGUCACCACAAGGUGCAGCAUGGACACUGUAGUUACACCUUUCUCCUUCCAGAAGUAGAUAACUGUCACCCUCCACCUGCUGACUUCCAGGUGUCCAAUUCUCUGCAGAGGGAUGCUCCUUCUCAGCCAGAGCAUCAUUGGUCCAGCAAAAGGCUGAAGGAGCUGGAGACUAUCAUGGAAAACAAUACACAGUGGCUGCAAAAGUUGGAGGGUUAUAUCCAGGAUGGUGUUAGGAAUGAUGCGGGAGACUCACGCUAUGUUGUACAAAAUCAAACAGCUACCAUGUUGGAAAUCAGCACCAAUUUAUUAACACAGACUGCUGAGCAAACACGUAAGCUGACUGACGUGGAGUCCCAGGUUUUAAACCAGACGACCAGACUACAAAUCCAGUUGUUGGAGAACUCACUCUCCACCAACAAGCUGGAGAAAGAACUGAUAAUGCAGACUCAGGAAAUCAACAAACUGCGGGAAAAGAAUGGUUUCCUGGAAAAUAAAGUUUUGGAAAUGGAAGAAAAACACAAGGAAGAGAUAGAGGGACUCAGAGCCCAGAAGCUGCAAGUGGAUGAACAACUUUUCAAGCAAGGUGGACUUAUUGGGGAGCUGGGACAGCAGCUCUCAUCAGCAAUGAUCAACAACAGCAUGUUGCAGAGACAACAGGCCCUCAUCAUGGAGACAGUUGGACAACUUGCCAACCUGGUUUCACAAUACAACCAUAUCCCAGUUGUAUCAAAAGAGGAACAGAUGACUUUCAGGGACUGUGCAGACGCUUAUAAAGCCGGACUCACUUCAAGUGGAGUGUACACAUUACAUUUCCCAAACUCUACAAACACUGUGAAAGCUCUGUGUGAUAUGGAGACCGGAGGAGGCGGCUGGACUGUUAUCCAACUUCGUAAAGACGGAUCUUUGAAUUUUCACCGGAUUUGGAAAGAAUACAAAGACGGUUUUGGUUCCCCACCUGGAGAGUACUGGCUGGGAAAUGAAUUUGUUCACCAGCUCACAAGCCAGAGCUCAUACUCAUUGCGGAUCCAUCUGCGUGACUGGGACGGCAGUGAAGCAUAUUCAUUGUAUGAUCACUUUUCAUUAAGCAGUGAGGAACACAACUACAGGCUGCAGCACAGGGGAUACAGCGGGACCGCAGGAAGAACAAGCAGCUUAAGCCCCACAGGGACGGAUUUCAGUACAAAGGAUGUCGAUAAUGAUAGGUGCAGUUGCAGAUGUGCUCAAAUGGCAUCUGGAGGUUGGUGGUUUGAUGCCUGUGGCCCUUCCAAUCUAAAUGGCAUCUAUUAUCCUGGUCCUCCUAGCACAGCCAAGUAUAAUGGCAUGAAAUGGCACUAUUGGAAGGGACCGAGCCAUGGUCUGAAGACUGUCAGUAUGAUGAUUCGCCCUGAAGACUUCUGAGGCAUGAGUGACUGAGCUUCAAUAGUCUUUG